AAAAUCCAAGGCUUCCACGGCGCAGGACAAAAGUUUUUUAGCCACGAUGUGUGAGCGAACCUAGAGCGCACCUCCCCGAGUCGACGAGCUGUGGUCUGAAGCUUCACCCCCUUCUGAGUCUAAAAGUGAGACGAUCUGCACUGAGGGCAUCAGACGGAGGCGCUUCAGCCACGAAAGAAGUGCCAGAGAGAAAGACUGAGAGCGUCUCUCUCAGACACUCUACACCACAGCCGCGCCCGGAUCGCAUCCAGAGUACUGCUCUGUCUGUCCUCCGCUAGACUGAGGUACGCGUUUGGUCUGCGGAAAGCAAGGCAACACGUUCAAGUAAAGACGUCUUUUUUGGGGGAAGAUCUACAUUCAUUAUUGUCCAGUUGGAUUUGGGUCUGUGACGCGGCGAAACUUUAAUGAAAGGAUGAGAAAAAUCAUGGCCAGUUCGAGUAAAGUGACUUUAAUUUUGCUCAUCUACGGAAUCUUAAUGCACUACAGCGUCUUCUGCUCACCUAUAGGACUAAGUUACCCCAAGAUCAGACUUGAAAACAACGCAUUCGAUGAAGACGGGAAUUCUCUGUCCGACAUGGGCUUCGACAGCGAGCAGAUCGCCAUCCGGAGCCCCCCGUCCCUGAGCGACGACGCCUUCAGCCUGUACUACCCCGCGGAGAAAAGAGCAGAAAGGCAUGCUGAGGAAGAAUUAGAUAGAGCCUUGAGGGAGAUCCUGGGUCAGUUAACAGCGAGGCAUUAUCUGCAUUCUCUGAUGACUGUGCGUGCAGGUGAAGACAGCAGCAUGGAGGACGAGUCAGAGCCCUUAUCCAAAAGACACUCGGAUGGCAUCUUCACCGACAGCUACAGCCGCUAUAGAAAGCAGAUGGCCGUGCAGAAAUACCUGGCAGCCGUUCUGGGUAGAAGGUACAGACAGAGAGUUAGGAACAAAGGACGACGAGUCGCCUAUUUGUAGCGUCGUUGAAGCGCCCAAACUGUGUAAAUACAUCCAGCCGUUCAUCCAAGAUAUAUCUGCCCAACCAGUGGAUUGCGCCUGUGUUCUUUCAACAUGUAUUUAUGUAUGAAGUAAAGCCAUUAAAAUGAAUAUUUUAUUAAUAAUAGCGUUUUUUUUCCUUUUUGGAACAAAAGCACUUGAUGACGCACAGUUGUGGACCAAUAUUUUAUUUUAAGUUGUUGAAAAUUACAAAAAAAAAAAAAGAAAAGGAGAAGAUUUAAAAAAGAAAAAAAAAUAGAUGUGCACCUUCAACGUUAUGCGCUUGAACUCUUGAAAGCUCAUCUACAUAUGCAGAAAAUAAAUAGAUUUAAAAAGACAAUCAAAGUAUUGAAUGUUAUACUUAUUUUUGUAACCGACGUUUCUAUUUUUUUAGUGUUUUUGGUUUUCGGUUGUCUGAACAGGUCCAAAGAAGCGGUGAGCAUGCCAUGUCAGGCAUUUCCGGCUUGUCUUAAACCAUAGAUGUUGCCCCUUCCCACCCCUUCUUCACGCUCCCUUCAGUGUGGCUUUGUGCAGGUUGUUGCCCCCCUCCCCAGGGAUGGAGGGGGUUAUGGCUUUUAUUCAGCUGAUGGAUAACUGUCUGGCGUGCACAGUCAGUCCUAAUGUGGUGCAGCUUUCCUUGUCCUGAAGAUGCUAACCUUUGCUCGCCUCAAAAACAAGCAAAAGACACUUACAGCAGGAGAUGACCCACGUGUGUGAGUGUGUGACAUGCACGGGCGCGUGCACGCAUGCAGCUGAGCUUUUGUCGCUCAACAGGACUGUGUGGGAGAAUGGGGCAGACGUACAGAGAGGACAGGUGACACGUCAGCAGACAAGGCGAAGGUUGAAUGGAAGGACAUGCGGCUCAGGAAGCUGCACGGCUUUUGCUUCUCUGAGGCUCAUUCCAGCAUCUCGGACAUGAGAACUAGGAGAUCAGGAGGUGGUAGAAAUGGGUACUGCCCUGACUUGUUGAAUUGUUACCUCACCUGCUGCUGGCUUUAGUGGAAAUAGAUCCCCCCCCCCCCCCCCCCUAAAGCUGAUUGCUUUUUAUCUUAGUAGCAGUUAAUGUUCCUUUUCUGUGCAAAUGGCCAUGUUUAGGCACUGGGUUUUGGUAGUUUUGUGGUCAACUUGUGAAGAAGAAAAGCUGAUCUGUGUUGAAUGGUGCAGAGAAGAUGUGAGAAAGAGGGUAAGGAGAGGGUGAGAGACGCAUGAAUGGAGAGGAGGAGGAGGAGGGGGCAGGCAGGAGAGAGUGGGAGUGUGAUAGAAGAGAGAGAAAAACACAAAGUAGAGGCUGUUGCAUGGGAGGGGAGAGUCACAGCGGAGCCAGGAGAAAGGAGGCGAGAGCUUCAUCUACCUCGGUGACAUGUGGGUCAAUGAGUCUGAUCAGAAGAACGUCAGACGUUGAAUUCCCCGUCGCCGAUGUUCCAGCAGGAUGGCGGCGCUCUCUGUGGGGCGGAGGGGAGAGAAGUUCAAGCCCACGGGUGGAGCCAUCUCCUCCCUGACAUCUAUCAGAGAGAGACAUUCUGUGUGUUUAUUCAGCAUUAUGCAAAGGCAGCUUUAUGCUCUCAAAUCAGCAGCCUGCGUUCCCCCAUUAAAUAUCAAUAGGCUCUUUCUUCGAUUCGGCUCCAUCCCUCAGGCUUUGUGUGAACGUCUGCAUAUUGUGUUGAUGUGUGUGUGAGUGGAUGAGUGUCAAGAGGCGGAGGUGGGAACAGCUUUCGGCUUCGGUGCCUUGCUUUCGAUGUGAGAAAUUAAAAUAAAUAAAAACGUAGUGUUGAAAAAAAAAAACGGGAAAAAAAAUCAAACAAAAUUCGCCACGAAUGGCAAUUUUAGUGGCCCUACGAUGCUGCAGUCUAUUAGCUUACAUUGAAUCUUCCUUUCCCCCCUGUUUGAUCGCUCAGCGUAGUCCGACCCCAGGAGUAGUGCUUCUGAGCUUUGGUUUCAAGCAUGGCCGCUCUUCUGUUCAGCAGAAAAUGUAAACGAGAACAGAAUGUACACGUUGGUGGAGCAGGCAUUGUGCGUGUGCAUGAGUUUGGGGUGUGUUCAGUGUCUGUGAGAAUCGUGAUCAAUGGCCGGUGUUUGCUUUCGUUCAGGUGUUGUUUUGAUAUUAGUAGGUAAUUUACUAUCUAGAAACCCCCCUAUAUAUUAUAUUUUAUCAACUCUGUGCAUCUAGAACUCGAGUGUCAAAACAGAGAUGUUGUUCCGAUCAUAAACAAUGCCUGUUGUUGAUAGUCCUGAAAGCGCCAAACGCCUUACUUCAAUGUGUACUCUCUUAUCUAUCUGUGUUUUCAAAGUGAACCCUAGAAUAAGUGGCAUCGUUAUAGCCUGGAGUCCUUAUACGGGGUUUUAUCAAUGUCAUGAAAGUGUUGUAAGAUUUGUAUGAAUAAAUUUUUUUGUAAACAACA